AUGCUGGAGUACUUUACCUAUAAGAAAUUCAAGAAGAACAGAGAAGAGAAGGAGAGUGCAAAGAAUGAUGGAAAGCAAGCAGCGGAUACAAAUAAGAAGGGCGAUAAGCAGGACGAGAAUUACGAUUCGUCCAGCUCGGAGCUUAACCACCCAAAGACAGUCCUCAAGCCUGAGGACGAGCGAUUCCUAGAGGAGCUCCUCGCCCAGAACACCGAUGGAUCUCCACCACCGCUACCGCCUCGCAUCUACACCUACGAUGUAGACUGGCAUUCCGACGUCGAAAGUUCCAUCGAUGAAUCAAAGCAGAACACCGACGACGAGAAGGACAAGGCCGCGAAGACCCCCGACGCUGCAAAGAAACAAGACGAAGGCGUCGGAGAAAAGUCAGACAAGAACGGAAAAGAAAAGGCGAAAAAGAAUGGAAAAGAAAAGGCAGAAAAGCAGCCCAACAGGCUGUCCCUCUUCUUUACGAGAAACAAGAAACCAGCGGAUGCCGUCAAGCCCAGCGAGACACUCAAGCCAGACACCGAAAACGUCACGCCCAAAGAAGCUGAGCGCGAGAAGAAGGACCUCACCCGCGUCCUCGACCUCUUGAACCUCUCCGCCAAAAACAACAAAGCCGUGACCGAAUCCAAGGACUCGUCCGACAUCCUUCAGAGGUUCACCCAGAUCUUCAAGGAUCUCGUCAACGGCGUGCCCACUGCCUACGAUGACCUUACUAAGCUGUUCGAAAACAACGAUAGCUCCAUCAACAAGCUCUUUGAGAAGCUGCCCUCGUCGCUGCAGAAGCUCGUUACGCAGCUCCCGGAUAAACUGACCACUACGCUGGCUCCGGAGAUUCUGGCUGCUGCCGCGGAGUCGCAGGGGAUUAAAGUCGCUGAGGGCGGUAUGAAGGGCGCGGCUAAGAGGAUGCUCUUUGGGCAGAAUUUGGCGAAUCUGGUGAAGAAGCCUGGUGCGAUUGUGGGAAUGCUCAGGGCAAUUGUGGAGGUUUUGAAGUCGAGAUGGCCGGCCUUUAUUGGCAUGAAUGUCAUCUGGAGCGUGGCUCUAAGCUUAUUGCUUGUGGUCCUCUGGUACUGCUACAAGCGCGGCCGUGAAGAGCGCAUCCUUCGUGAGGAGGCGGCUGCUGGAAACGAAGAGGCCGCCCGUCGACUAGCAGAGCUUUCCGAAGACGAAGAAUCCGAUGAGAACAACAAACCAGCGGCAGAUGGCAAAGAAAUUCCGAAUGCCAAAGAAGCUGAAGAAGCUGCAGAAGUUGUAGAGGCGGCAGGGGCUGCAGCAGCCGUGGGAGUCAUACCAGUCAUCAUCACGUCUCCGGAAGGAGAACAAGUAGCAGCCCCGAAAGAAGUUUCGCCAACUGAUGAGGUGCCGCCAUCAGGUGCUCCCACAGAGGAGAAGAAUCACUCCUAA